AUGCAUUACAGAACAACAGUCCACAUGCAGAACUCAAGAAGCCACGACCUGGAAACUGCACCUGAACAUCAAAGUCUGCAGAGAAGAAGCUGAUGGGGAUCCCACAGAACCCCCAGGGUGAAGCUCUCCCACUCCAUCAAGGAGCAGUGCCCCUCUCCAAGGAAGGGCCUUGGUGGGAGUCCCCCUCCAGGGAAAAACAAGUCCAUCACAUUCAGAGUUCCUGAAGGAGCAGUUCCCUUCCUCUGUGGGAGAUUUCAUGACUUGGGCCUUAAGGGUGAAGCAUCUGGGAGGCCUCCAGGGAUGCAGGAUGAACUGUACAGCAGACUGAAGGGACAGGCCAGACUGGGACAGAAGGGGGCCAGGAAACAUCUGGUUUGUUUCAGACUCUACCAGUUCACACAAUCUCCUGGAAAACCCAUACCUUGCCUCUACCAAGUUUUCAAGACAGUUAAACUUGGCCCAUCCUAGGAUCCAUUUUUCUUGAGUAUAAAAACAUUUAAAUCAUCAGAUCCAUGAUACCCACCACUCUCUCCUAACAGUUGAAAUUGUCAAGAUGGCUCAAGGGCCUGGCCUAUGCACUUGACACCUCUCUCCUUUGCCUGCACCAACUGCUAA